GUUUCUGGGUGAAAUAUGAUAAUUCGACUUUUCUAACAACUGCAGGUCAUUGCGCAGAAAAUGCCACUCGCACUCCAGAUGGAAUUGUUAGAGUUUAUUAUCUCCCGUGGAGUUUAAAUCCUACGUCCUAUUUGAUUGGAGAAAUGGGAAUUUACGAAUACCAUGAAGUCGACAGAGGUUUUAUUUCAAUUGAUGAUAAUUCUACCUUAGUCGUCCCAAGUAUAAGAAAUAGUGAUGAUGCUUUUUAUCCACAAUUACACAUCAUUGGUACCGUAGAUAUAGAUACCGAAGGAUCUAAUAUAUGUAUUGCUGGAGUUAUUGAUACAGAUAUUGUAACCAGGGGUGGCGAUAGUGGUGGACCUGCAUUCCAGCUUAGAAAGGGAGUUCCCCCAUAUGUUUAUUUGGCUGGUAUGCUUAUAUCUGGUGAUAAUGAUAGCACUAUCAUUGAACCACUAAGUAUGAUUCUAAGUGAUGGAGUAAUGCCCGUUACAUUCAAUCCUGAUCUCUUGGAUCUUGAUGCCCGCCCUAGGGGCUAA